AUGGCUCUGAGGCUGCUCCCGGCCUUCUCCAACGAAGACGAGGAUGAUGAUGGGAACUUCACCAACUGGAUGAGCAGCUACUGGGGCCAUGGAGCUAGAGAGGGAGGAAGUAGAACUUCAGAGAGAAAACGCAGCUUCAGGAGACCAGCACGGCCGCAGACUGACCGCCGAGCCUCGCUCCCCUGUAUGUCCCAACUAAACGUCAUGCAGCUGAGUUGUCUCCAUGCAGCAGCCGCCGACACUAUGGCGCCUCCGCCCGUCCACACGAAACCCCUGGAGGAGAAGGGGUCAGAGGUAAGGAACCACCCCCGAGCUCGCCGUGCGUCCUCCGACGGAAACAACAGGGUCAAAUCAGCCCUCCAAGAGAAGCGCAUCACCACCAUCCCAGAGCUGGCCGAGUCCUUCAAAAGGAGACUGAGGCUCCACAACAAGAAGGUCAUGUCCACGAGGGAAGCGGACAGCCAUGAAGACAUGGGCAAUGGAGGAGGAGGAGUCCAGGAGUUGCAAUGCUCACACCGCUUCCACAAAGAGGUGGCCAGCAGACUGGAUGUGGGGCGUCCCCGGAGCGGGAGCACAGCCGGAGUGUGUGAUAGGAGGAAGUCUGUGACUGGAGGAGAGGAGAGGCGGAGCUCAGGCGAGGAUCCGUUCAGCAAGGUGCAGGAGGACUACUGUAUCCCCCGACGCCAGCUCUCCCUCAGGAGACAACGCUGA